GUAAAAUUUCCAUUUUCUUUUUUUAUGUUUCCUCUGUUUCGAUAUUAUGCACUAUACAUUCUUCUUGUUUCUUUCUGAAACAUGAUUAUACUUCUGUGAAGGGUUAAUCAAAAUCUAUAUGAUGAAAAUCAUUCUUGUGAUCAUUCACUAGAUAUAAAGUGGAUGCACUCAUUUCUAUAAACAACUAGGAACUUACUCUUUAACUUGGAAGUUGUUAAGUAACUGCUGCAUUUGACUGCCCUGGAGAAAAAAGCUGAAGAGAGUUUUGUGAUAUGAUGAAGGGAAGAACAUCUAACACUGUGCCGUCGAAUCGGUCUACAAAGAAUGGGAGAAGAGAUCAAAAGCCACAGAAGAAGAGUGGUGCUAAAAUAUCUUCAGAGCAAGAAAGACUCAGGCCUUUGGAAGCCAAGGAAGAAUCAAAGGAUGAUGCAGUGGAUGGGUCUUCAGAGAGUCAUCAAGAGUCUGAGUCUAGUGAAGUCUCUGAGAAACAAGAGAGUGUGAAGGGCUUGGUGAAAGAUGUUGAUGAUGAUGACGAUAAGAGAGCGGAUCAUUUGGUAGAAGAAGUUCAAGAAGAUCCUUCAGACAAUGACAUUGGUAGUGGAAGUGAGAAGGAGGCAAGUGAAGAUGAAGAAGCAUUGAAACAAAAAGUUGAGAGUCUGGAGACAAGAAUUGAGAAACUUGAACAUGAGCUAAGAGAAGUUGCAUCCCUCGAGAUUUCUCUAUAUUCGGUUGUACCAGACCACUGUAGCUCAGCUCACAAGCUUCACACUCCUGCUAGAAGAGUUUCAAGACUCUACAUCCAUGCUUGUAAACAUUGGAGUCAAGAAAAGCAAGCAACCGUCGCUAGAAACACAGUCUCUGGUCUCAUUUUCGCUGCUAAAUCUUGCGGAAAUGAUGUUUCAAGAUUGACGUUCUGGUUAUCAAACGUAGUUACUCUGAGAGAGAUCACUUCACAUGCGUUUGGGAGUGAGCAUACUGGUUCAGAGAAGCUGAAAAGGACUAAUGGUUUCAAGCUAGACUGGCAUGAACCAGAAACUUUCACUGCAGCGUUAGAGAAAGUUGAGUCCUGGAUUUUCACUAGAGUAGUUGAAUCUGUUUGGUGGCAGGUCUUCACUCCUCAUAUGCAACCUAAAAUGAAUGAGAAACUAAUGGGAGAUCAAGAGAAAGGAAGCUUUUCAAUUAGCCUAUGGCAAAAUGCUUUCAAAGUUGCACUAUCACGUCUCUGUCCUACGCGAGGAGAAGGACAUGAGUGUGGUUGUUUACCUAUCUUGUCUAAAAUGGUAAUGGAGAAGUGUAUAGCUAGAGUUGAUGUAGCCAUGUUCAACGCUAUACUCCGUGAAUCAGAACACCAGAUUCCCACAGAUCCUGUCUCUGAUCCUAUUCUUGAUUCUAAAGUUCUGCCUAUAACCGCUGGAGACUUAAGCUUUGGAUCCGGGGCACAGCUUAAAAACGCGAUUGGAAACUGGUGUAGAUGCCUCGCUGAAGACUCUGCAGAAGAAGAUGAGAAGUACUUCAGCUUGUUGAACCAACUUAGCGAUCUACUUAUGCUCCCUAAAGACAUGCUUAUGGACUUAUCCGUUAGAGAAGAGGUAUGUCCAUCGAUCAGCCUUCCACUGAUCAAAAGAAUACUCUGCAACUUUACACCUGAUGAGUUUUGUCCUGAUCAUGUCCCUGGAGCUGUCUUAGAAGAACUUAACACCGACAAUAUUUCGGAUCAGAAGUUAUCAGGAGUUACCUUCCCUUAUGCAGCUUCACCUCUUACAUACAUUCCUCCAUCAUCAACCAAUGUAGCAGAGAAAAUUUCAGAGGUAGGAGGAGACAUCUCUAGAAUGUCUAGAAAUGUCUCUGUGAUACAAAGAAAAGGAUACACGAGCGACGAGGAGCUUGAUGAACUGGAUUCUCCUCUUACGUUUGUUAUUGAAAAAGUGUAUGCAUCACUAAGUUCAGGAUACAAUGGGAAGGUGAAGCAGAAAGAUGAGGAGCAAGUAGGUGAAGUGGUGGCGAAUGUACGAUAUGAGCUUCUUAGGGAAGUGUGGUCUAUGUGAGUGAUCUGAAGCCAAACAUGUUGGGACUUUAAGCUCUUGCUACUACUGAAACAACCAAGUCUUGUCGAAGUUAUUAUAUAUAGCUGUAAGGAUUUUACUGAAUAUGUUGUUAGAGAAAAAAAGCUGUAUUUAGCGUCUUAAGAGGCAAUAAAAAUCUUUUUAACAACAGUCUCACAAGAGACACCAAUAAGUAGAUGGAAAAUUAUUGGAGGAGAAAGACUGAACAAAAUCUUUUGUAUAACUUUUUAAAGUUUCCA